AAUUACUCAUAUUGCAUUUGUAUAAACAAGCUGGACUCGGGGGUCAUUUCAAAAAGGUGCAACCAGCAUAAAGCCUUAUCACUACAUUAUCAGACAAAAAGUCUUCAUAAAUAAAAUAGGAGGAAUUAAAAGUUCUAGGUGAUAUAUCAGACUAAUGAUACAACCGUAAAGGAAUUUCUAGUGUGAGACACAGUAUACUAGUCUUAUCCCACUCCUGUUUUAAAAGCACUGUAAUAUCUGAAAUGUAUAAUCCUGAUACUAUUGCAUUGUUCAGACACCACUUCCCAGCUUUAAAGAGAGUCUCUGAUGGAAAAUCCAGCAUGUCAGGUUGCUAUCAUGACACCAUCUGUGGAUGGCCUUGCUGUAUCAUCUUCUUGGUGCCCGAUACCCGUGCUUUCAUUAGAAGAGGAAAAUGAUUUAUUAGAGGCAGAAACUGGUCAUAUUAACCCACCCCUGACAACAUUUUUUGCUGCUCCUAUAUUGGAUAAAUGUCACACCUCUCGUCUUUCCCAGACUCUUGGUUCACUUCAUCCACUCCCUGACUCACUGCGUCACCUCAAGAGGGUCCGAGCUAGACCCACUCAUCUGGAAAUCCUGAUCCGUGCACUUACAGCUGAAGAGUUUGCAGAUAUAUUAAAACAUGACCCACAAUUUAAGACAGGGCAGGGGUACUGUAAAUCAACAAACUGCAUUAAUGACCUACAAGAAGAAUCAGUAAAUACUGUUAAUAAUCUGGAAGUUCCAUCACUUGCAGAGAUUGUUAAACACAGCAGUUUUGAUAGGAGUGGAUUGGGAGAUCCAUUUCUUGUUUGGGUUCCUUCAAGAGCAGCUAGAAAUCAAAUGCAGCAAAAAGUCUGGGCAAGCCAUUGGCCUUGUACCUAUCAUGGACAGACCAAGAUAGGAGAGGAACGAAUGAGACAGAGUGUCUCUGAGGAAGAAAAAUUAAGAAUAGGACAAUACAUGAGUAAAGCCCUAGAGGCAGCACAGUUGAACAAGGCGAGAGGUGGAAGAGGGAUAGGGGCAGUGGUAGUGGAUGGACAGAGUGGUGAAGUUCUGGCCGUAGCUUCUGACCGGACAGGAGAGGGAGGAAGCCCACUUCUCCAUGCUUGCAUGGUGGCAAUAGACAUGGUUGCACAAAAGCAGGGAGGGGGAGCAUACCCCUGCCUGAUGGGAGAGAAAGCCAAACAGCUGAGUGAUGCAGUGAAGCUAAAGAAUGGGGUGGCUGAAAAAAAAGAUGAAAUAAAGCAACAAAUGGAAAGAGGAGGAAACAAUGAAAUCAUAGGGAAAAUUAGUGAUGUAGUGGGAGAGAUGCAUCAGAAUGAUGAACACAAAAAACGAAAACAGGAACUGGAACCAUACUUGUGCACAGGAUAUGAAGUAUAUGUGACACAGGAGCCCUGUAUAAUGUGCUCCAUGGCUCUGCUACACUCGCGUAUUCUUUGUGUUUAUUUUGGAUGUAGCUCCCCCAGAGGUGCUUUAAAAACCUAUUACAGGUUGCACUGUGUGCCUGGCCUCAAUCAUCGCUUUUUGGUUUUCAGAGGAGUUAUGGAGAAGGAAUGCCAGAAGGCUGUGUGUGUUCAGGACUCUUGAUAUUUGCUGUGACAUUCAUUCAGUAUGAUAGUAAACGCCUCCUCUGGCCCAUAGACAAUUCAAUCAUCAAUUUUAUACUGUUUUAUUAUUUUUGUUGCUAUUUUUAAGAAAAUACAUUUUAUUUGAGGAUUAAAUCCAGUUAUUUUAUGUAACGUGUUCCUUUUUAAAAAAAUAUAUAUUUAUUUUUACUGGCAUUCAUUAGUGUCUUAUAUUUUAUUGUGAUUGCAAAAUGCUUGUUACAUUAUUUCGUUAAUAAUGCUAAAGUGAAACUAAUAUUUUGGUUCCUUGAUAGGCAGUGUGGAAAUAAAAAGAUUGUUCCUUUUUGUAUCAGAUUUAUAAAAAAUCAUUCUAAUGAUCUUAAAGGACCACUAAACACAGUAGAAUAGCAUGGUCAAUAAAUGCACAAUAAAGAGCAAUGCAAAAGCACUUAGCUUGAUUUUCAAAUGAGUAGUAGAUGAUUUUUUGUGACAAAUGUCAGUUAAAUUUUUUUCUUUCUAAUAUAUCAUGUGACAGCCAUCAGCCAAUCACAAAAUGUAUAUACGUAUAGCUUGUUAAUCUUGCACAUGCUCAGUAGGAGCUGGUGCCUUAGAAAGUGUGUGUAUAUAAAAAGAUUGUGCAAAUUUAGAUAAUGGAAUUUUAAUUGGAAAGUUGUUUAAAAUGGUGUACUCUAUCUUAAUUAUAAAAGUUUAAUUUUGAA